AGUGCGCUAAAUAGCUCGGAGAAACACGGAUUUUAAUUUCUCUCUUUUAAACCAAACUUGCAGCAUUGUAUAGUUAUGCUAAGUACGUUAUAGUGAAAGUGCAAUAUUGUAAAGUGUCGUGAAAAUGUCGCCAAAGUGUCCGAUACUGCCGUUACAAGAGAUCACACUAUCAUUAGUGGCUAGACAACUUAUUCACACCUUGUCAAGGAUCUCUACAGAUGAAGAUGUCGCUCUAUCGUUUACGAUGGUUUCGUCUUACUAUGAAAGUAUGGGAGUGACGAGUGAUAUAUUCCAGGACCUUAUCAAUCUUAUAUUAAGUUCGGAUUAUUUGGAUCCGUCCGUUAGAUACUAUACGAUGAAGUUACUGCUCAAAGAAAAUGUUAAGAGCUUAGCCACGGGUAUGUUCCCGUGCCCUUACUACAGGAAAAUCCUAGAAUUAAUCGUAGAGCAAGGACGCCAUCUCACGGCUCUAAAUUUAAAAGGCGUGUGGGUGAAAGAUGAACACUUACCGUUGAUGUAUGACAUAAUUAAAAAUUUACCCAAUUUAACUGCUCUAAAUAUACCGUACAUGGCUAACGACGAAAUUCUUAAAUGUAUUGGAGAAUAUAAUAAAGUAUUAAAGUUGCUCGAUGUGUCUGGUGAAACGGAUAUCACAGAAAUAGGGAUUGACGCUAUGUUAACUGGCCAUCCUCAACUCGCUCAAAGUCUUUCUGUCGUUAAUAUAGGAAUGUAUGGAGAAGAAAAUGUAGACCACACUGAUGUAGCUCUUUUAAUCCAGAGACUUCCGAAUUUAACGAAUUUAGGUAGUUAUUCUUACGUCGGUAAGGCACUAAAUUACGUGUACAACAAUGAUUGCCCUCCAGGAUUUAAAACGAAAUUACAAUAUGUUCAUGACGUGCAAACUAAUGUAAGAACUAUGAGAGCAAUAAUAGCCUUGUGUCCUAUGAUAGAAACAAUUUACUUGGAGGAACCUGACCAAGGUAUACUGCAGCAAAUAAAGGACUUAAAUUACCUAAACAAGAUUAAAUUAAAUAAAUUCCAAUGCCACGAACUGCAUCAACUGCUUGAUAAAAUAGGAUAUAAGAUAGUAACUUUGAUGUUAUCGGGCUCAACGGGUUCUUUUAACUUUACAAGAAUUGCCGAAACUUGUCCUAAUUUAGAAAGUCUCGAGUUUUAUCAAUGUCAGACGGCGACGCACGAAGAAGAGGUGCCCUUUAAUAAAUUGGAACACAUUGAGAUUAUUCAAGGAAAUUUAUCAAGUACAUGUUUAAAGUACUUGAUGACUGCAACUCCUAAGCUUAAGAAAUUCAUAAUUGGGGAUGAAAUCAGACUUGAUGAUAACGAUAUGGCAAGAAUAUUACGCCGUUACAAAUUCCCGAAUUUAGAAGCUCUAUGGUUUCCGCACGCUCCGAGACUCACACGAGACACCGUAGAAUUGUUGAUGGAAUGUUGUCCCAAACUCCAAAGUUUGGGUCAAUUGAGCGGCUGGCAAUACACCCCCGAUGACAUGAUGCUUAUGAGAGCUAUUAUUGCCAGCACAAACACUGAUUUGAUCCUAUCCCCUCUUGGUAUAUUCCAACAGGGCACGUAAAUUAACAAACUACAUAAUAUUAUUAUUUAUGUGCAUUAUUUUUAAUUUCAUAAGUUUUUGUAUAAGUACCUAGCACACAAGUGUGUGUGAUGGAUAUUUCAAUUUUAUUAAUUUAUUUUAUUUAGGUAUGCUCUAUGAACCGGGUGUAAUUAAAUGUAUCAAAACAUA